CAGUUGGGAACCAGUCCUGUAAUGAGGUGCCUCUGGAUCCAGGGCCUGUCUCCGGCUGGGGUGGUUAUAAAAGGGAGCGCCGGGAAGCGCGCCCGGCACUCGGCUCCGGCGCUCGGGAUGUGGGGUGGCUCCCGCGCCGUCUGGAAGAGGAGGUUCAGCUGCUAUGGUCCCUGGGAGGCGGCAGAGAGCUGCGUGGUUCACACCUCGGCCAGCGUGUACCGGCGGCUGCAGGAGAGCCCGCGGGGGGGGCUGAGCACCCCCCGGCCCGGGGGGCAGCUCCUCAAGUGCGAGUCGGAGGACUCCGGGCUGGAGAUGGGCAGCACCGAGCAUUCGCCGUCCCCCCCCGCGGGCUCCGAGAGCCGCUUCCCCCUCGAUGGGCUCGCACCGGAGCGGACCCCGGGCACGGAGCCCCCCCGCCUGCCCCACAGGAGGCUGGCGCAGCGCAGCCGGAGGCAGCGGGUGCUGGGGCGAGGGCACCGCGGGGCCGCGAAGCCCCCUCGGGAGCCGGAGGAGGCCGCAGCAGAGCACACCGGGGAUGCUGCACCCAGCGGGGCUGAGCCGGGGCAGGGGCUGCGGUACCUGGAGCACGUCUGCCAGAUGCUGGAACGCUUGGCCAAGCUGCAGCAGGACAACCGGCUCCUGCGGCAGCAGGCCGAGGGCACCCAGAGCACCCGCCCGGACGCCACGCACAGCCGGGAUGCAGCCGUGUGGAAGGGUGAGAGGUUCCGGCCGCGCUCCUGCUCGGACAGCCAGGCUGCAGCCCCUGAUGCUGCCCCGUGCCGCAGGACGUGGGGGUACUCGGCCAGCUCCCCCAGCCUGCUGGACCCCACCGACAGCGCGGCGGCUGCACCAGCACCGGACAAGGACGGGCGCUCGCACUGGGGCCGGGUGAAGGCGCUGCUCACCCGCCUGACCCGGCGCUCGCUGCGAGGGGGCCGCUGCAGGUAGGGCCGGGGGGGGGGCCCGGUCCUGCUGCUGCCAAUGGAUGGAGGAGCCGCGCCGCGCCCAUUGCGUCACACCCCCCGUAUGACGUCACACC